AUGCUUCUUUACUCUGUGUGGCAGACUACCUCUACGAAGAAUGAAGUUUAUCCCAGCUUUGGCGUGGAAGAGGACAAAUUGGCCACGCUGGCUACCUGCGCCGGCGUCUGCCGCCUCUGGUUCGAUGCGGCCGUGCUGCUGCUCUGGGCGCACCGCGGCGAGCCUUACUUCGCGGACACGCUUCUGGAGACGUUUGAGCCGAUUGAGUCGGAGCGGUGGCAGAGCUACGCCGACCGCAUGAACCCCGGGCUUUCCUAUUACUUGACCCGGCAGGGCACGUGGGCCAUGACUCCUGGUGGGUUCGGACGGAGGUCUUAUACCGGGUAUGGAGAUGCCGAACUCGGCGGGGGUGAAGAACCUGUACCCAGGUCUUAA